AUGUGCUCUCCUAAGGUGGAUCACCGCCAACUUCCCAAUCCCGGCUACUGCCGACACUCGGUGGACUCGGUCGCGUCGUAUUCUAGUCAGAAUCACGUAGACCGUAUAAGGACUCAGAAUUUCUCAGCGGCUUCUUGUCAAGACGAAUGUGACUUUGGCUCGAUCAAGACAAGCCUUUUCAGGAGGUCGUCAUCAAAUUUAGAAUAUCCUAUCAAACGGCCAGAAAGUGUCACUUCUACAAGUUCCACACGAAGCCGCCUUCGAGAACUCGUCGAAAGGAAAUCGAGUCAGGACGAACAUAAGCCUGCGGCAAACACCGUUGCUGAUAUACAAUAUUUUGAAAAUCCUUCAGAGACGUUAGAAUUCGACAAACCGCGAAAUACACUUGAAUUUAAAAAGAAUUCAGAAGAACGUCCUAAAAAGAGGAAAUCUAAACACAAAGACGGUGACACUAAAAAUAAAAAACAAGAGAAAUAUCAAAGUAAGCUUGCCGAAUACUAUAAACUUCCUGUUCAGUUGCCGCAAGACGAAUUUUAUCAACACUUAACGCGAUCUAAAGCAGCAGAAGAGUUUCUACAAAAACGAUUUUCCAACUCCGAUACCGAAUUUAGCGGCAGCUACGGUCGUUUAUGCAGACACAAAGAAAUAGAAGGGUCUAAUUUACGUCGUAGUCGGAGUUUGGCUGUCAUCCGAGAAGAAACUUUUACUGAUCUUCAGAUACAAAACCAUCAAAAGACUAAAAGAUCACAACUAAUUCCCAGAGCCCGUUUAUUCGAUAAGCCUUGCUUUAGAGACAGGUUAACUGGACGUGCUAAGUACCAAACGAAAGAAGAAGUGUUAGAAGGAAUUUAUAUUGACAGCACGGUUUCAUGCUUUGCAGACAUAAAUAGACAAAAUACAGAAGAGGAAUCGCCAAAUCAGCAAAAUAAUAUUGAUAAUAAAUCACAACAAGACGUAGUUUCUAGAAACGAAAGUCGUAAUUCCAGAUCAGUAAGUGGAAGUUGGCCGAACUUAAACGAAGAUUCCAAGCAAAUAAAUCUUUCAGAAGACAGCAUCGGACACUCACGUAAUCCUAGUGAAAUUGAUAGCUUGGAUUCUAAUUACGUUAGGAAACAUUACAAUUUCGAAGCACACUUAAAGAAUUAUAAUAACAGUUCUCCAGAUACAGAAAGAUCAGUUAAUUCACAAAAUAAUUGUAAAGAAUUGUAUAUAACUACAGACGACCACGAUAGUGAAAACGAAGUUGAAGGUCGACCUAAAUCUCUUAUCCUCAGUUUUGAGCAAAACAAGUUGCAAGACUCCAUACAAACAAAUUUGGACAAUGAACUUGUAGAAUAUGACGUAAUAUCUACAAAAAGUGAAGAAAGUAAUAAAGCUAAUAUAAAUGCAAAUUUGUUAAGCGAAAAAACUGAAGACCUAACAAAAGAUUGUGAUAUUCAAUCUGUUAUAUCUGAAAACGACGGAACUAUAUCUAGCCCAACUGACAGUAUAACUUCAUAUAUAUCUAUCUCAAUUGCUUCGUCUGAUAAAUCUCACAAAUUAGAAUAUCUAGCAAAUUCACUAGCAGAAAAAAUUGAUGAGUAUUGUGAUUCACAAUUUCAAGAAAAUAAUUCAAUAAAUUCCAAAACCAUACAUAGUGAAAAAAAAGAUCUCGGAGCGGAACCCGUUUAUACAUCAAUUCAUAAAAAGACAACAUUCGCUGAUAUAAAACGAGAUUCUUCCAUAAAUCGAACUUACGACAACAGUAAAGAAACUCCUAUCACUACUGAUACACAAUCAGAAUAUUAUAUAAGUAACACAUUUAUAGGGAGUGACGAUUAUAAUAAAGACAAUUAUUGUACAUCUUCAAAGAAUAUAACAACCGAACCUUACGUAGCAACUUUUGUAGAAAAUCAGUACUAUUCCUUACCAGAUAUAAAUAUAAGUAAAUGUUUACGAAAGUCUGAAAGAAUAGACGCUCAGUUAAGAAAAGAAGAUCCUGAAGAUAUACCCUGCGAAAAUACAUAUGAAGUAGCACAAACACAUUUUCGAGAAAUAUUAUCGUCAAAAAAUAAUGAAAAUUAUGGUCAUUUGAAUAAAGUAAAUAUAACAUUUGAGAAUAAUUGUAACGAUAUAAAAAAUAAUACCAAAAUUUAUCAACCAGAAGUUAGUGAAACAUUACUAAUUCAGAACUUUUCCAAGCUUGAAGACGAUCUAAAAUCGAUUAUUACUAUAGAUAGUUCUAAUGCUGAUGAAAAUCAGUCCAAUAUUUAUCAACUAGAUCAUCAUCAAAACGAAAGAGAAAUAAACGAAAUAGAAGGAACAAUCAGGAAUAAUAAAGUUAUCACUAAAUCUGAGAGUUUGAAACUUGCUUCUAAAGUAAUUUAUAGACCAGAUAUCAAGAUAAUAAAAUCUUUUUCCAACGACAAUAUAAACAAAUCAAUUAAAGAUAGAAAAGCAAAUACCGGAAUUAAAAAACACUACUCACUCCGACAGCGCAAUCCUACAGAUGAUGAAAAUUUUCGCCUUCCUAGUCCAACAACCACAGUAGAAAUAAAAACUAAUAAACCUCUUCAACCCCCUGCCAGGAACUUAUCGUUUAGUGAACAAAUAAAAAAUCACUCACUACUUUCAAGAGUGCAAUCUUUUAAAACAUCAGCGGCAUCUAAUAUUGCUAUAGUACCACUCAGCGGUCAUCAGACAAUAGUGAUAGAUCCACCACUGAAUCAAGAAACAUUGGUUACUAAAGAAAAAGUAAACUUAACAAACGAAGAAAUAAGUUUAGACUUAAAAACACAAAUAAAAACUUCUAUUCCAGAUCCUCAAAUCAACAUAACAAAAGUAAGUAAAGAAGAUAUACUAGAAGACGAUCUUCCAGAGUUAAAAAAUAAUGCAAAAGAUCCAUUUAUAACUAUAAAAUUGAAAAAAGUAGUAAAGAAAACUAUUCCAAAACUAAGAACAGAUAACUAUUCCAAUACAGUAAGUUGUGAAACUGGAAUUUUUUGUCAACAGCAAUUAAAAAAGCCACCACCACGUCUUAUAAUAAAAGAUAGUAACAUUGAUACUAAUAAACUUGACAACGUCAUGACUCGACCUCAAGUUUUGCAAGUGAUAGAUUCCAAAAGUAAACGACAGAAUAUACAUACUAAUUCAGAUAAAAGUAAGUUUACAAUGAGUUGCCCAAAAACAGAAACAGUUUCAGAACCAAAGGAUGUCAGAUAUGAAACAAACAAUGUUAAAGAAAAACUGAACAACGCUAUAAAGACAGAUAUAGAAUAUCAAGAAAAAAUUAAUUCAGUCAAAAAUUAUUGGUCAAAACUGAUCGAUAAAUCACCAGAAAGUAACAAUAAUAUGGAAAUUAUGGAUAAAACUGAAAUUCCUGAUAGUAAUAAAAAUGACAAUGAAUUACAGGAAAUAAAACAAGAGAAUAACAGUAGCGAUACAGUUCCAGAAGUCUCCGUAAAUAGCAUAAUUAAAUCUUUAGAAAGUGUAAAAAUUGUGGACAGUAUUAAAAAAAUAAGUCAAACUAAGCUACAACUCUGGAAAGACGAAACAGAAAAAGUCAAAAGUGACUCAGAAAUAGAGGAAACACCAGUAGAAAAGAUUAUCAAAGAAAAUGUUGGCACCAUAUACGAUAAUCCAAGGCCUGAAAAGCAAAUAAAGAAACGUGAACUAGAAUUGUCUAGAGAUACCCCAGACAUUGAAAUAGUAGAAUUAAGCAGUGACGACAAUAAAAAUCAAAAAACACAAGCCACUCUUAUAAAAGCAAAAGGCUUUGACAAAAGCUGUGAUGAAUUUGACCAUGUAAGAUACAAAGUAAUGAAGUCAGAACUAUUUAAAAAUAGUAUGAUAGCAAACUACCGCAAAGAAGCUCAAUUCGAUGGACUGUUACAGUAUCUACAAGAUUAUAGUUUUCAAGAAUUACUUGUGAAUAAUAAUAUAGUGAUUAUUGAGCCAGUAAGAACAAAAGUAGAACCAGCGCCUAGAAAAAAUACAAAUACUGAUACUUGUAAAAUACCACCGACAUUGCUGAAGAAAAAUGAUUAUACAUCCCAUGUAGAUAAAUCAAAAAAUGCAAUUCGUAGACACUUCUUUUAUCACCCUAUAAGAGUUAAUAAGGAAAUCAUAGAAGAGGAGUUACCGAAUCCAGAUACAGUCAAAAAAGUUCGUAACUUAUUUGAAGAUACGCUAAAAAUGAAAAGUCCAAUGACUCAUGACCCGCCACUGGUAGAUGAAAACGCCGGUCUCACACGCCGUGCCACCUCAUAUAGAAAUUUGAGUGAAGAGACAAAAAGCAGUAAAUCUGGAGGAAGAAAAAAGAUUACCCGACAGUUAACAAUAGACACAAACUUCGGUAAUAAAAAAUGGGAUAACGCUAGUCUUUCAAGUGGUGUGUCCAGUGGCGACUUAAGUUCAAACAACGAUUACGAAACAGAUGGUUUGAGUCCUUACUCACAAAAAACUCUCAAAGAUAAUGUGUAUAGUUCUAGCGACGAGUAUCUUUGCGAUUCAGCAAAUCAAGAUUUUUGUUGUGAAAGUCAAUAUGUUAGCCCUGACAUACUAAAGAAAAUAAGAGAAUGUGGAACUUCCGUUACAUAUUACGGCGGAAAGGUAAUGAAUUCCAAAACAAGCUCUACUGUUAGCCCUAUGACUAAAGCUAUAAUGGAAGAAAUAAAAAGCUUACAAAAGAACUGUAGUAGAGAUUGUUAUUCCUGCCAAACGAAAUGUAAAGGAGAUAAAUGUUCCUGUCUUGUAGCUGACAAACAUCAACAAAUGCUUUCUGAGAAACAAUUUGAAACUUUUACCGAGUUUGGGACUAACCAAAGUCAGGAUAAAAGUAAGUUUACAGAAGGUUUUCCAGGUUUUAAAUUUAAGCUUGUGAAAUCUAACAGUUGUAGCAGUCGUCUAGAAUUAACAGGCACAGAUGAAGCAAAAAACUCUAGACUUAAAUUCAGAAAACAAAAUUCGAAAGAAGAUCCUCCGUUAUUAUAUGACGAUGAAAAUUCAGUAAAAAAUAAAAUAUGUCGUUUGGAGAGUUACAAUAAAGGUAUGGUUAAAACCCCUUUUCAAGAAAAAGAAUGUGGCGCUACUGCAAAUAUUAAUAAUAUAAUAAAGGAAAAAAAUCUGCAAUCGAAAGCAAAAACAAGUGAAAAGACAGUAUCACAGAAAUCAGAUAUACAUCUUAAUGAAAAAACUACUGAUGAAUCAAAAGAUAUGACGGAAUCAGAAGAAAAUUUAGCUGAAAUAAAUAAGCAAAACAUCGAUAACAAUAGUUUUGAGAAAAAAUUCUAUUAUCUUAACAAUAAUGCGGAGCAAAAUAAAGUCUCUACGGGAAAAUUUGGAGAAAUGGUGUUUGAGGAAUUUGAAGUAUUAGAAACAUGUUUUGAUAGUUUAAAUAGUAAUAGGUCCUUAAAA